AUGAACCGGGCUGCGCUGGUGAUCGUGUCGGGUGCGGUGCUCGGUCUGGGCGGGCUGUACGGGUGCCAGUCUUCGGGCGUUUCGUCCGAGGAAGGGUGGGGGUUCGUGUCGUUCGAGGAGCAGGCCGCGUUCGGCGGGUCGGUGUACGGGGCGAACUGCGCCGAGUGCCACGGGAACGCCGGGCAGGGGACGAUGGAGGCGCCGCGGCUUGUGGGCGAGGGGGCGUUGCCGCUGCGUCAGGGGCGGGGCUCGGCGCGGACGGGCGAGUUCCGGACGGCGAUGGACGUCGCGGCGUUCGUGACGGCGAAUAUGCCGCCGAACGAGGAGGAUCGGGCGGAGAUCGGCGCCCGUGAGUACUGGGCGGUGCUGGCGUUCGCGCUGCGUGCCAAUGGGGUGAGCCUGGACGAGCCGGUUAUGACAAGCGUGACGGCACAACUCGAGUGGGGGGCGUGCUGCCCGUGGGCGGACCCGCCGACGGACGAGCAGGUCGUCGCGCGCGUGCUGGGGGGCGACGCGGGGGCGUUCGAGCUGCUCAUGCGCCGGCACAACCGCCGGCUCUACCGCGUCGCGCGGGCGGUGCUGCGGUCCGACGCGGACGCGGAGGACGCGCUGCAGGAGGCGUAUUUGCGGGCGUACGCGAGCCUGGGGACGUUCGAGGGGCGGGCGAGCGUGGCGACGUGGCUCUCUCGCAUCGUGUACCACGAGGCGCUGCGCCGCGGGAAGAAGGAGCGGGCGGUGAGAACGACGAUCCGGACAUUCGGCGAGCGCACGGCGGGCGGCGGUGACGGCGGCGGGGGCGGCGACGACGCGGGGCGCGGGGUCGCGCUCCGCGAGUCGGCCAACGCGGCGGUCCGGGCGAUCGACGCGCUGCCGGAAUCGAUGCGCGUGGUGGCGGUGCUCCGGCUGGUGCAGGAGCUGAGCACGCGGGAGACGGCGCUGAGUCUUGGGAUGACGGAACUGGGCGUUCGCGUCACGCUCCACCGGGCGCGCCGCCGACUCGCGAAGGCGCUCGACGCGGAGGGCGGAUCGGGGUUCGCGGAGGCGAUGCCGUUCGACGGGGCGCGGUGCGACCGGGUUGUGGCGGGGGUGAUGGGGCGGACGAUCGUCGCGAUCGAGAAGGGGAAGUACUCGCCGAGCCAGGAGCUGGCGUUCCGGAUCUCGGAGGUGUUCCGGGUGUCGAUCGAGGGGAUCUUCUGGGAGGAGGCGUGGGUGAAGGGGGAGUGGGUUCGGAUGGAGUGGGGAAAAUAA